AUGAAGACCAAAAACAACAACGGCAGAACGGCCAAGAAGAAAAGUGCAACGGCCAAGUUGAAGAACCACCAAGAGGAGAAGUGUAGUAGCAGAGAAACGCCAGGAGAUGCCGCAGCAGAAAAGUGCAGCAGCAGUAGAGAAACGCCGAGAAGAGCACAUUUGAAUGAGGAUUGCAGCAGCAGUAGAGGGCACAAGAGAUCCCACUUCAUAAAAGUGGACGACGAACCCCUCCUAGCUUCAAAUCAAGGCGAGGUAGCUGACUCCGCCAACUUGGUGGGCUGUUGCGACGGUAUUUUAUGCAUCGAAAGCCGUUGCAUCGGCUGUCACUCGGAGGUUUCCAUAUCUCUAUGGAAUCCCGCAUUACACCAGUUCAAAAUCCUACCCACGACCGUGCACAGAAGCGUUUUCGCCAUUGCGAGAGGGUUCGGGUUUGAUGAUUCUUGCAACGAUCACAAAGUAGUUAAAGUCUAUUCGACUACUAAAUCCGAGGGCAAGAAGAAGAAACAGUUAUAUUCAAAUGUUGAUGUUUAUAGUCUGCGAGAUGGCUGUUGGAAGACGAUUAACACGGAACUUAUUACUAUUUCUUGUCCUUUAAAUCGUCCUCCUCUUGCAACGGGUUUGAUUCAUAACAAAUGUUUUUACUGGACUCACGGGAGGAGGAGUAUCGGAAAUUCACACAUUUAUGAAGGCAAAACCCUAGAGAAUGAACCAAUUAUUGUGUACAAAGUCGACUUAACAAAUGGUUCUCGAGUUGCCCUGGAAUUACCAAAUUAUGUAACAAUUCGCCACGGAUAUCAGCUUAGUGGUUUUAGAGGAUUUCUUUCUGUUUCGGGUUGGGAAAAUGCAGAGCUUAAGAUUCAGGAGCUGAAAAUGUGGUCUAUGGUGGAGGAUUUUAUUCAUGGUGGUUAUAAAUGGGUGAGGCAAUUGUUUGUGGUACCAACAUUUUUGUACAAUGAUAAAUUCGUCAUCAACACAAACAGCAAAAUGUUGUUGGCCUAUAAGCAGGGAGGCCGAACAAAUCUGGUGGUUUAUGAUUUCGUGACCGGAACCAUUGAUGUUCUACCAGCAGCUGGUGGAGGAUCAGUAACUUGUCCUGGAAGUUUGCCGGAAUCGUCGGCACAAUACUUUGUUGCUUACAAUUACAUCAAAAGCUCGGUUUCUGUUGUCCCUCGAUGGAAGCCGAAGCAUCUUAAGGGUUUGGCUAAAAGAGUGUUUACAUGUUUUGCUCGUGAGUGCUUGGUUGCCUCCUGA